AUGGAUCAAGAACAAGAACAAAUGCAGUUUCUUGGCUUUUUUGGCAUCUUCAAAGAAACCUUCAAAAUCAUCUCAACUUACAAAGAAAUCUUCAUCAAAAUCUCUCUCUCCAUCAUCCUCCCUCUCUCCUUCAUUUUCUUGGCUCAUAUCGAAGUCUCUGAAUACCUUUUCGGAAAAAUCUUACACAAUGAAGAUAUUCGUGAUCAAACCCCACAAAACACCAGAAAAUAUAAUACGUUGUCUGAUAUCAUCUCUUCCGAAUGGACCUAUUUUUGGGUGUUUAAAGUUGCUUACUUCAUCUUCUUCCUCGUCCUAUCCCUCCUCUCUACCUCAGCUAUCGUUUAUACCGUAGCAUGUAUCUACACAUCGAAACACAUGAAUUUCAAGCAAGUGAUGAGCGUCGUUCCAAAGGUUUGGAAACGAUUAAUGGUCACUUUUGUUUGGAAUUUCAUCAUCUUUUUUGUGUUUAAUCUACUGGCGUUGGUGGUAUUUGCCUGCUGGGUUGCAUGGGUUGAUUUUACUAACACUGGGGUUUUGAUUCUUAUCAUUUUAGCCAUUGUUUAUGUGGUGUUGUUUAUCUAUAUCAGCGUUGUCUGGCACUUGGCUAGUGUGAUUUCGGUUUUGGAAGAUGAUUAUGGGAUUCGGUCGAUGUUAAAGAGCAGAGAGUUAAUCAAAGGGAAGACUGGUGUUUCAAUGGCUAUAUUUUGUUUUCUUAACGGCAGUGUCCCUCAUAUCGAGGCGGGGGUCAGAGGAUCAGGUGUAGCUAGUGGUAAAGUCGUCUCCCAACGUCAGUCUAUUGGUGUGGAUUCCGCUCUUGAGGAGGAUAUUGGUGGUAGUUCUAUUGGUCGGAGUUUUCGUCGGAAACGCAACAUCGAUCCUCUGUUUUCUAAGUCCCCUGUUGUUAUUGAGAUUGAUGAUAAUGACGAGUCGCAAGCGAUGGAGACGGUGAGUUUGUGUCGGCCGGGGGAACCCAGGAGUUGUGGGAACUUACUUCGUCCAGCCCUCUGUUCCAGCAGUAGCCAUGGCUCAUCCGAUCUGGACUUUGCGGCACAAUCUGUUGAUGCAAUGCAUGCUGCCAUCAGGGCUUUUGCCGAGACGUACUUCGCGUCCUAUCUCUGUUUGGGCGAGCUCAGGCUUGCUGAUCUUCGCCAACUAUGUUCUCAAGAGGAGGAACUCGUGCCAAAUGGUGGCGUUGAGGGCGCUGCCUCGACUCAACCUUGCCAGGUUUGA